AUGGUUGAGCCAAGAAUGAGAACAGCAGUUGGAGAAGCAUGUGAAUGUCCUCACAGUCUUCUUCCCAUGAGAAAGGCUUUCAAAGGAACCUUCAUUGCUGCUGGGGGUUACAACCGGAAGAAGGAAACGAAGCAGUGGCUGAAAAUCGUCCGGAUCUUGUGGCAUAUGGGCCUUUCUACUUGGCCAAUCCAGAUUUACCUAGGAGAUUUGAACUCAAUGCUCCACUCAAUAAAUACCACAGAGAGACUUUCUAUACCUCUGAUCCUAUUGUUGGCUACACCGAUUAUCCAUUUUUGGAGUCCACCGCAUGAGUUUGCCAAAGUGGAGAACUGGAAAUUCUCCCAGGUGUAAUGAAUAAUUCUCUCCUUUCCAAUUACGGUGUAUAAUUUUGUAUGGUUUUUGUAAGUGUUGAGCUACUUUAGAUAUAAUAAAAAUAAAUUAAGCAAGACUUA